AUGGAGAACAAGCUUAACUCAUUCGAGUCGAAAUUCGAUAGCUUAGUCGAGGCUCUCAGAAGUAACCAGCGAUAUAAUGGGCCCGAACUAGAGGGACCUCCGAAGUUCCCAGCUAUCAAGGACUCUUCACUGGGUGGACACAGUUACUCGAACAGUAUAGCAUCUACACCUGAUUCUUCAGAGUCAGAGAGAAGUCUGGAAGGAAAGCGUUCAGCCCACCAAGACUACUUUUUACUCAAAAGAAGACGCACGGAGCAAGAGGAUUUUCGUGACUCUGUCAUCACACUUCAAGAAGCUAAGCUUUUGUUCCGGUUUUUUGAUACAAAUAUCUCCCAACAGUUGUUCGGCUUCGAAAUCGACAAGUUACAAGUUAGUCAGAUUUGGGUAACAUCACCGUUACUCAUUUGCGCCGUCUGCUGCAUAGCAGCAAUGCACUAUCCUGACCCCGAAAUCUCAACCAAACAAGCUGCAUUGCAGCAACACUUACAUAAGCUUUGCUCUGGUAUUCUCUUCCAGCCAAAGCCCAAAUCCGACACUGAAGGUUUUAACAUUAUUUUGGCCCUUAUUCUUUGCAGUUUUUGGUUAGCAGACUCUCAAAGAUUCACUGGCUUGGCUCUUCAGUUAGCAAAAGAAUUCGGUCUCAACAGGCCUGUUUCUGAAUCCGAUGAUCAAAGCACUCUCAAUCCAAAAGAUCGCUUGAAGUUGUGGUACCUUCUUUACGUCCUUGAUGGCCAGCAGUGUAUGUCGCUCAAUAGGCAGUCUCUCUUUGAUUCUGAUGACUAUUCGAUUACGCAUAGCCGAAAGUUACUUCUCAGGGAUAAGAAACCUCUCGAGAUUUCUGAACAUGCCGAUUCUGAUGCUUCAAAGGACAAGGCAGUUGUUCCAUCGCAAAAUAGUGCCGUCAAAGCCGAAGACAGUAAGUCAAAUAUUUCUCACUUGACUGACUUGCGCUUGGUCUCUCAAGUUGAGUACAACGUCGCUAUAAGGGAAGCAUUCAAGGGUAACGCAUGGGACCUCAUCGCACCAAGUGCUUUCGGCAUACCAUCCAAAUCUAAUUUGGAGCUCGACAAAUGGAUGGUCUCGUGGACUGUUCUACUCGCACCCGUCAACAAUGGAGCAGUGUGGCUGUCAAAGUCGACACUUAUUUACUACAACUUUGCAAAGAUGCAUAUCAAUUGUUCUGCUUUAAGAGAACUUCAGGUUGAGACUGGUCUGGAGAGUGUCAUAUUCCCAAAGUGGGAGCGGUACCAUCAAUUGAGGCAAAAAGCUGAUCUUGUGACAGACCAAGCCCACAAACAAGAAGUGUCUGAUUCAGACGACAGUGACGACGAGGAUGAGCUCAUAAGUAAUAGGGAGCUCAUUACUCAUGAUCAGACUCUUCUUAGUCUCAAUAUAGCCAUGAAUGCUGCUCAGACUGUUCUCAAUCUUGUCUUGAGUGACAAAGACAUCCUCAAUAAUUUGAGGUAUGUACCCUUGCAUAUUCAUAUCAUGCUUUACUAUGCUGCUUUAUUGCUUGUGAACCCUCCUCCCACUGAUGGAAGAAAAGUGGAAGACAUAAAGCAAGACUCAUACUUCAUUAAGAUUAUCGAGAGUUUGAGGACCGCAAAAUUGCUACAAAAGAAAAUAUACAUGAACUUGCCGACUGACAAAAGCUUCGGUAACAGGUUCAUAGAGAGUCUUGACGAUGUCAUAGUUGAUAGAAGUCGGCGCUUGAAAGUGGAGCUUGAAGAGUCCGAGCUUCCUUCGUCGACCAAAUCUGAACUUUUAGAGCAGAUGUCAAGCUUGCAAUUCUUUGAUGAUCGACUUGAGGUAUUGAAUGGUUCCAAGAGUAGCAGCAGAGAAUCUUCUCCCAGAGCGGCCGGUAUUGCAGCAUGGCCGGGCUCGCAUCAUGGUCACCCAUAA